AUCAGAACAAGAUUGGACAGCGUCGCAAACUUGUUGGGUGGACGGAGACAUUGAUGAUAUAUGGUAACCACGGUCGCAAUCACUGAGGCAUGGUGGAGAAGACUGUUGAUUGAAACCAUCGAACUUGCUACCUAUGCCUAUCCUAAGUACUCCAGGUUGCAAAGACCACUCAUAAGGAAGGUUUUGAUCUUUCGUGUUCCCAGCGCAUCCCGCUCACAGCUUACAGGAUUCUUCCGCAUUUCCUCCGAAGGGCCCGUUGCCUACCUCCACAAACAAGCCGCUCACGCGGCCAGAAGUAAAGACAAAAAAGAGCCUCAAUACUACACAAAAGCGAGCGCUACGGUUGAAGAAUCCUUUAGGUUUCAUUUACUGAGGAACACGUCGCAUUAUAAAAGCAAUAGAACAGAAGGUCAUGCAGUGAGCGGUUCGGGCUCCAGAAGCUUAGAGCAAGAAGUCAUGCAGCGAGCCGCUCGGGCUCCAGGAACUCAGAGUCAGAAGUUGUACAGCGGGCUGCUCGCGCAGAUAGUAGCAAAGGAAAUGAAAAUGGGACGCCAAUAGUUCGGAUUUCAUGCGCGAUGAACAUGCUAUAAUGAAUGCACUGUAGGAGAGGCCAAGAAGCAUGAAAGGUCGCAGGGACACUGUCGGAGUUGGCAGUUGGUCCAUUAUUAUCAUCAUUAUUAU